UUCUCUCAUACUCCCUCUCAUAUUCUCCCAAUCAUUUGACACUCCUGCGUCAUCCUAGAAUUAUUAAGGAUACGAAAAAAACAUAAUUUCAUAUCGUUUGUAUUUCUCCGUCGUCCAUCGCCCUUCUCUCCGCCAUGGCUGCUCCAGAUCAAUCCGGCAGCCCCUCGCUUCAGUCUGGCGGGGGUUCAGGCGUGGGUAAACGGACCAUCGAAGCCCUCAGCACCAGCACGCUCGCCUACCUCAAGCGCCUCUUCGAAUCUCACGCAACUCCAGAGGGGAAAUGGACGAGUGAGCAGGUCAGGGUCUUUGUGCAAAAGGUCCAGGGCCAUAACGCCACCGCAGACGCUGCGACACAGCUGCUCGGCACGCCCGAUCUCGACCUCAGCGGCUUCCUGGCCUUCAUGACAUCUUCUCACAGCAGUGCCGUGCUGCCGGUGAAUAAAGAGGACUUUUCAUGGCCGCUCUCGAGCUACUUCAUCAGCUCGAGCCACAACACGUAUCUGACGGGCAACCAACUGUCGAGUGAUAGUACCACUGGGGCUUACACCAAUGUCCUGCUGAGAGGAUGUCGGUGCGUCGAGAUUGACGUGUGGGAUGGUGAUGAGAGUGACGCGGAGUCUUCAGAAAGCGAGACAAGCGACGACGAAGCAGCGGCCAAAAAGGCAGCCCUCAAGGAGAAGAAGAAGAAGGAGAAGAAGGAAAAGAAGGAGUCCAAGGACAAGGACAAGAAGGGCGGGUGGAGCGACCAGCUGAAGAGCAAGAUGGACAAGAUGAACAUUGGCAAGAAGGUGGAGAAGAUGGAAGAGAAGGCGAUCGAGAAGGUGGCUGAAUUGCAGGAGGCCGUCACGCCAAAGUCAGACUCCAGCAGCGUUGUAGAGCCCAGAGUGCUGCAUGGAUACACGCUCACCAAAGACGUUCGCUUCAGGGACGUCUGCGAGGCCAUCCGCGACAGCGCAUUCGUCGCCUCUGAAAUGCCACUGAUUGUGAGCCUUGAAGUCCACUGCAGCGCCAAGCAGCAGAUUGUCAUGGUGGACAUCAUGAAGGAGGUCUGGGCUGGACUGCUGGUGGCAGAGCCCGACGCCGAUAUCGAAGCGCUGCCCAGCCCCGAAUCCUUGCGCCGAAAGAUCCUCAUCAAGGUCAAAUACGUCCCGCCCGGCACGCCCCUGGACAAGGUCGACACCAUCCGCAGCGAGCAAGUCCCCAUGCCCGCAGGCCCGCCGCCGAAGCCCGCAAAGACCAUCCAGGAGCUUGCCCGGCUCGCCAUCUACACCCAGGGCGUGACCUUCAAGGGCUGGACGCAGCCGGAGGCCAAAAUGCCCACACACAUCUUCUCCAUCUCCGAGAAGAAGUUCAUCGACUACCAUGAGAAGCAGUGGUCCGUCCUCUUUAACCACAAUAAACGCUAUCUGCUGAGAGCCUAUCCUGCCGGCUUCCGAAUCGGAUCCUCCAAUCUCAACCCGGCCAUUUUCUGGGGUGGAGGUGCUCAGAUUAUCGCGCUGAAUUGGCAAGAGACGGAUGAAGGCAUGAUGCUCAACGAGGGCAUGUUUACCGGGACAGGGGGCUAUGUCCUGAAGCCAGAAGGAUACCGCCCUAAACUUACCGCAGCGGAAGACGCCGCCACCCCCAUCACCAUCACCCGCAAAUCCGUCACCCUGGCAUUCACCUUCCUCGCAGCCCAAAACAUCCCUCUCCCAGCCGGCGAGAAGUCCGCAAAGGGCUUCAAGCCAUACAUCAAAGUCGAGCUCCACGUCGAGGGCUCCAAGAAUAGCCACGCCGAAAGCGACGGCCACGUCCACGAGAGCGAGUACAAGGUCCGCACCAAGACGCACAAGGGCCGCGACCUUGAUCUCGGGGCAGAGAAGCUCGAGUUUAAAAACGUUCCAGGGCUAGUCGAAGAGCUCACCUUUGUGAGGUUUACGGUCAGGGAUGACGAGAUUGGUAGGGAUGAUUUAGCAGCCUGGGCGUGCAUUAGACUUGAUAGGCUGGGCCAAGGAUAUAGAUUUGUACACUUGAGGAAUACAAAGGGAGAAGCGACGGAUGGAGUAAUAUUGGUCAAGGUGGAAAAGCUUCUAACGCAGCAGCCUUCGAGCAAACAGUAGACGACAUUUGAUUUUGUUGUUUUGUUGUUUUGGUUUUACUUUAUGAAAACCUUGGAAAGAAUCCAAUAGAUAGCAGCCAUAUCCAUGCUGAGGUUGUCAUUAGAUCAAACUAUUACUUCAAUAUCUCUCAGCUCAACUCAUCCCAUCCUUGCACAUGGUAUCUUAGUAGUUACUAUCGCCGCCCUGGUUGCCACGGCCGCCCAUGUGCGACACCUUGUCCUUCACCUUCUCAAAGAGACCUUCACUCUUGCCCGAAGAUCGCUGGCCCGAGGUCUCGUACGAUCCGCCCUGGUUGCCAGAGCCGUACGAGCUAUCGUCAUUGCGUUGGCCGCUGGAACCGUAGGUGUCCGACGAGCCGUAGUUAUUCGAGGAGCCAUACGAGUCAUCCUGGCGGCCACCAGAACCGAAAGAUGAGUCUUGGUUACGGUUGCCGGAGCCAAAGGUGUCACCCCCAGAUCCAUAAGAGUCAUUGCCAGAGCUGCCGUAGGUGUUGCCAGAGCUGCCAUAGGUGUCUCCAGAGCCGUAAUCACCCUGUCCACUGGUGCCAAAUGAGCUGUCAUCAUUGCGGCGGUUGCCGGAGCCGUAUUGUUGUUGAUUUCCACCAGAGCCGAACGAGUCUCCUCCAGAGCCAAAUGAAUCUCCUCCAGAGCCGAAGUUGUCUCCUCCAGAGCCGAAGUUGUCUCUUCCGGAACCGAAGUUGUCUUGAUCAGAGCGGCGAGA